CCGGUUAGGCGCCGGGGACAUUCCGGUCGGCUCCGGUUGGUCGCACUGUGCACCGUCUGCAAAACAGACGGUCACCCACGCAGAUAAAGGGAUAAAACGGAGUUACGAAAAACAACAAAUGAGAUAACACGUUCGUUCAUUAUUGCACGCGCAACAAGAACGGCUACUGUAAUUAUUUAGUAAAAUAAUAACAAUAAUAAUAUAUUAUAAUAAUAUUUAGGUAAUCAUGUACAAAACGAAAUGUCUGAUAACGUCCUUAUAGCUUAAGUGUUGAAAUUCAAUCCGUCGGUAAUCUUUAAUAUUAUAUUAUAUUUUUAAUUUUUUUCUUCCCUUUUUUUUUUUAUUUACAAAUGACACAGCAUGUACUGCCAGCCAAACUGCAACAACUCUACGUCCAAAUUGAAAGAUGGAGUUACCAUGAGAGAAAAGAAGAGUGGUGCUUUAAGCAAAGUUCAAAAAAUUAAAAAACGCCUGAGCCAUAGUUUUGGCAGACUUUCUAUUUCUAAAGAAGAUCCUGACCGCAAUAGAACAUCUCGGGAUGCAUUGCCGAGUAAAUUGCAAUUCAAUGGUUAUUCCGAAGAGUAUCUUGAUCGAAUUGAACCAAACGGAAACAUACCUUGUGCCAAUGAUGAACACUUGUCUAGAUACGACUGGAGUUCUGGUCUUGGUGAUCAAGAACGAGUUAAACGGCAGUUAUCUGUGUCAUCUGAUUCAAAGCUGCUGGACGAAGCUAUAUGCGAGGAAACGCGUGUUAUACUAAGACCUAAAAAACCUCCUAGGCCUAAAUCAGAAGUGUUCCUAAACCAACCCAACCACAGACGAACCAAACGGUAUUCGGCAUUUGGGGGAGAUUCUCCUUUUGGAAAAUCUGAGGCGUACAUAAAAUUAGAUCCGCUUGGUGAAGGUUCCUAUGCUACCGUGUUUAAAGGGUACAGUAAUUUGACCAAUCAAGUCGUCGCGUUAAAAGAGAUAAGACUUCAGGAAGAAGAAGGUGCACCUUUCACGGCGAUCCGUGAAGCUUCGUUGUUGAAAGAACUGAAGCACAACAACGUGGUCACUUUACAUGAUAUUGUGCACACACGUGAAACACUUACAUUCGUUUUCGAAUACGUACAUACCGAUUUGUCACAAUAUAUGGAAAGACAUUCAGGAGGUCUUGAUUAUUCAAAUGUACGACUAUUCAUGUUUCAAUUAUUCAGAGGUUUAGCAUAUAUCCAUCAACGCCGUGUACUUCACAGAGAUGUUAAGCCCCAGAAUUUGCUCAUCAGUGAAAUAGGAGAACUUAAAUUAGCUGAUUUUGGAUUGGCUCGUGCUAAAUCAGUUCCAAGUCAUACAUACUCACAUGAAGUAGUAACGUUAUGGUAUAGACCACCAGAUGUCUUACUUGGGUCUACAGACUAUUCAACAUCCUUAGAUAUGUGGGGUGUUGGAUGCAUAUUUAUUGAGAUGAUCACUGGUGUGCCUACAUUCCCUGGAGUGCGUGAUACAUAUGAUCAAUUGGAUAAAAUAUUUAAGAUUUUGGGUACGCCCACAGAAGAACAUUGGGAAGGUUGCACACAUUUAAAAGGUUAUAAAGAAGGAAGAGGAAAAAUAUUUAUGUAUCCACAUCAAAAGCUUGGUCAUGUGUUCCCUAGGUUGUAUGACAUAGCUGAAGGCGAAAACUUAGCUACAUCAUUACUUCAGCUUAAUCCAGAUUUGCGUAUAAAUGCUCCAUCUGGUCUUAGGCACAAAUAUUUUCAAUCGCUUCCCAAAGCUAUAUAUGAUCUUCCAGAUGAGGUGUCUGUUUUCAGUGUGAAGGGCGUUCAUCUGAGUCAUGAAUCAAGAACUACGUUCAAGUGUUAAAUGUUUUUUUUUUUUCUAGUAAUUCUGAAGUUAUUACUAAUUAUUAGCUCAAUAAAAUUAAAAUAAUAAUAUUA